UUUCCUCCUUCCACUAAAAGUACAAUUUUGGCUCAAAACCCAACCAGCUUCCGUUCAUAGGUUAUAUAAACUUCUGCUUCCAAAAUCUUCAUAGCUCAAAACCCAAUAAACAUUUUCAAUAAUCUUCGUGCCCAAAAUUUUGCCGCCCCCGCUAUUGAAAAACGUGGUAAUAACAAUAAUAGGAAGAAUGCUCUUCAACUUCACUUCAAACUUUCCAAUUUUUGUCCUAAAGACAAAUGUAAAUCCUUGACCAUGCAAAGAUCACAGAAGUACCAAUGGGGAUUUUCAAACUGAAGCUAUCUCAGCUUCUUGUCUCCCUUGUCUUGAUUGUUCUUUUAGCUUACAAUAGUCUCAGUAUCUUCUCAGUUUAUAUCCCGUUUCCAGCCAAGACAGCUCCCCUGCUAGCUAGUUCCUCGCCGGAAAAUGUUGCAGAAAAAUCAAGAAGGUUGGUUUCUAUGUCUUCCUCAGGUAAAGUGUCCUCUUCUGUCAUGUAUGCUGUGAAAGAAGAAAUCCCUGUUGCAGAAAAGAAGACCCUUUUGGACUUGAACUUUACCCUCCUGCAUACAAACCAAAAUUCAUUGGAUUUUAUUAGGAAUGAAUCUGUCAUACUUCAUGUGAAAAGAAGGCAAAGUAGAAAGGCUUUGAGCAAAAUUUUCGGGCAGGAUGGGGAAAUGAAGCGGUUCUCGAAAAGAGUGAAGGAGUUCUUCAAAGCUAAUUCAUCGAACUCUUCAUGUAAGUUUCGGUUUUUUAUGACUUGGAUAUCUUCAAUAGGCAAUUUCGGUGAUAGAGAAUUUUUCACCAUAGAAAGUUUAUUCAAGUCACAUCCGGAUGGUUGCUUGAUAAUAGCGUCAGAUUCAUUGGAUUCAAGACAAGGGAUGGAAAUUUUAAGGCCUUUCUUGAAAAAGGGAUUCAGGGUAGCUGCAGUUUCCCCUGAUUACAAUUAUUUGUUCAAGAAUACAGUUGCAAAAGCUUGGAUUGAUCGUUUAACCAAAGGAAAUGUCAAUCCCGGGGAGGUUUCAUUUGGCCAAAACCUCUCCAAUUUGCUUAGGCUUGGUUUGCUGUACAAUUUUGGUGGGAUCUAUAUCGACGCUGACAUGAUAGUAUUGAAGAGGUUUGUCAACUUGAGGAAUGCAAUUGGAGCUCAGACUGUGAAUCUUCAGACAAGAAAUUGGAGCAGGUUGAAUAAUGCUGUGAUGAUUUUCGAUAAAGGGCAUCCAUUGCUUUACAAGUUUAUUGAAGAAUUUGCACUAACUUUUGAUGGCAAUAAAUGGGGUCACAAUGGCCCUUACUUGGUUUCAAGAGUUGUUUCAAGGGUAAGCCAAAGGCCUGGAUAUAAUUUUACGGUGUUGCCUCCUGCGGCAUUUUAUCCUGUUGAUUGGAGCAGGAUUGGCAGCCUCUUUAGAGCUCCAAGGAAUGAGACUCAAUCGAAGUGGAUGUUUACUAAACUUAGGCAGAUUCGUGGCCGAAGUUUUGCAGUGCAUCUCUGGAAUAAGGAGAGCAGAAAGCUUGAGGUUCAACAAGGAAGCAUUAUCCAACACAUAAUGUCAGAUACUUGCAUCUUUUGCAAAUCUACUUCAGGUUAAUGUGUCGCUUCAAGUCAAUAGAUUGUAGAAUUAAAUGUGGUAUGGGACCAACUCAGUCCUACCACAGUACUGCAUUCUUUUUAUACUAAAGAAAUUUAAGGAGAACAAAGUCUAAAUUAGCCAAUGUUAAAUAGCUGGUAGUAGUAUAUCUUUCCAUUUGUAUUGCUGGAAAACCUUCCAACUACGCACGUUAUACAGAAGCAAUUGUGGAUGAUCUCAUUUUCAUUUGAA